AUGCACAACGACAUGAGUCAAAGCGGCGAGACAAAGGCGAGUUUUCAAAACAAAGAGAACACGCUCCAUGGUCUCACUACAGUCCCAACGUCGGUGACACUGUCAUCUGAACAGUUUGAAAGGCUGUAUUUGACUCCUAUGACGGUUCGCCAAUCACCACUAGCUAAGAAAGUUGGAAAUCCGACACCAUUAGCACUCGGAGGGUUUGUCAUUACCACCACCCCCCUUUCAUGCUGCUUGAUGGCCUGGAGGGGAGCCAGUGGAAAUGGAAUUGCUUUCAUUGGACCUAUCGUCUUCCUUGGUGGUCUUCUGCUGCUCAUCACGAGUAUUCUUGAGUUCAUCAUCGGAAAUACCUUUCCCUGUGUUGUGUUUGGCACUAUUGGCGGGUUCUGGUUUGCGUUUGCAGCCACAAUGAUUCCUGCUUUUAAUGCAGCCGCGCCAUAUUCCUCUUCAGGCACCGAUACAGCUGCUGGGCUAGCCAGUGAAGCCUUUAUGAAUACCUAUGCGUUUCUAUUCAUAACAAUGGCUGUUUUGAUGUUAAUCUUCCUGAUUUGUUCAACACGCAUCAAUGUAGUAUACACAGUGAUUUUCCUGUUUCUGCUCGUGGUUUUUCUCCUUCUGUCUUCGGCCUAUUGGCAGUUAGGCCAAGGCAAUGCGGCCAUUGGUGAUCGAUGUGUAAAAGGUGCCGGAGCGUCGCUCUUUGUUGCUAGCUUACUCGGAUUCUACCUGUUAAUUGUUCAAUUGUUUGAAUCCGUAGGGUUCCCGCCCUUUUUGCCAGUUGGAGACUUGUCAACAUUUUGGACUCGCAAUCAAGACAAGUGA